UUUUCCCCCUGCGUUUCCCUACCCGCAAAAUCCCCGCCGGGGCUGGCUAUAAAGUGUCCUGCCCGCGGCUCGGGGCGGGCGGCGAGGAUGCAGCUGCUGCCGGCGGCGCUGGCCCUGGCCCUGCUCCUGAGCAGCCUGGUGCCGGGGGACGGUCUGUCGCUGGAGAGCCUGCUGACCAACAAGAGGUGCAAGUGCGUCAAAUCGACCGCCCAGGUCAUCAGCUUGGGGCUGAUCCUCGCCAUCGACGUUAUGCCGCCGGGCAUUCACUGCAGGAGGAAGGAGAUCAUCCUCUCCUUGACGAGGAGCAGGAAGGUGUGCGUGGCCCCCGAGGCGCCCUGGAUCCAGCUGCUCAUCCACAAGCUGACGCAGAGGAAUGGCACCAGAAAAGAGGCGGCGGCGCGGUCACGGAGGGAUGCGGAAAGGCGGCCGCUGGCCCCGUGACAGGGCCCGUGCCUCCCCCCCCAGCAUCCCCCACCUCUGCCCCUGUCCAGCUACGAUGAGAAAUAACCAGACACGGUUAUUUAUCCGCCCACAGGGACAGCAGUGGUGUAACCACCCCACGCUCAGACCUGCCUGGUGUCACAGCACGGCGCAGGCGCUUGCUCCGCUCCUGGCCCCCCCGCGGUUUUGGCAGGGGGCAGGAGCCUUCCUCCGUCCCCUCAUCCUCCCCCAAAAAGGCUUUCCUGUUGGUUCCCACUGCUGCCCCUUGUUCCAGUGACCCUGCUGCUCCCGUGCGUGGUGCCAGCCUGCCCUGGGUGCCGCUCAAUAAAAACAUGAACGUGC